AUGUCAAGACCUACAAGCUUAGCAGCUCGGUUUUCGCAGCGAGACGGCAACUCCAAUGGCUCUUCGAGGUCCUCGUCAAGAGUACGUACUCCAAAUCCAGACGGGGAGGAAAACGGUGCUUUGGACAUUAAUUUUAGCGGCAUAGAGGAGUUGCUUUCGAGAAAAUUGGAAUCAUUGCAGGCGAUUAUUUUACAAAAUGAGCUUGAAGAUGCUGAGAAUAAAGAUUCGAUGGUAGCAAACGCUCAAGAUUACAGAGAAAAGCAUGUGAGUGCCAUGAACAAAAUGAGAAUCCAGUCGGAGUCCACCACUGUAAAUGAGAUAAUCGACUCCUUGGGCCGGUCUCGCUCGGAAGUGUCUUCACAGUCGAGAGAAAUGCUUCUAGCUCAGCUUUAUAAGCUCAUUGUGAUCAGGCCGCUUGUGAUUUAUAAUGAAGAGAAUGCUGGCACCCCAAACUACGUCUCAGAAGAGAAAGUGCUGCAGCUCGUAAAGCUUCUCAAUUUGAAGGAGUACAGGUCUUCUUCCGAGUUCAUUCUCCUUUUCCGCUCUAUCAUUGGAUUGCUUGCAAGUGAUCUAGAAGAUUUUGGUGAGAUUGUCAGCGUUGACUUCCACGCGAAGUUGGAAAGCCUCAUCUCCGAGCCCCCUAACGCUAGUGUGAAUGAAGAGAAUAAGGCAGGUGUCAUAAGUGGCUACUGUGCGCUCCUUAUAGUGUUGUACGCAGAUAACUCAGCAUUUGGCGUCGAUGACAAGGUGAAAUGGCUUAUGGAACUUGCACAGGGUUACGUGCAAAGCAGUGUCACUCUUCAAAAUGAACUCAAGUCCGGUGAUCGUGAAUACUCUACCUUGAUGGAUGAAAGUGACGACAAGCGGUUGGUGAGCGAGCAGGAGGCAAACGUUCAAGCGGAGGCGAAUAUUGCUGUCGCCGCAAUUCACGGUGUCGCUGGUCUUCUCACUCUCCUUCCUAGAGGAGAAUAUUUAAAUGAGAUUCUCACAAAUCUCGCCACCGAAUUUGUUGAGAUUGUCGACAAUGACGUCAACAUGGACAUUGCAAAGGCUGGAGGCAGAGCUCUAGCGCUUUGUUACGAGCUCUAUACUUACGAAGAGGGCGAGGACGAAGCCGAGGAUGAGGACGAUGAGUUCAAUUAUAACGCUCCAUACUAUGAGCAGGAGGCUCUUCUAUCUACGUGCAACAGGCUUGCGAGUGUCACCGCCAAGAAGGUGGGCAAAAAGGAGAAGAAGGAUACUACUACUGUAUUCAGCCAGUUGUACAACACGAUUAAGAACUACACAAACCCGGAGACAAGAGAGGAGAUUUACAAGCGGUCUCUAAAGGGGUUAGAGCUUCUGAACGAAGGUGUCAGUACCACUGCUGUGAAGUUGUCUCGCACCAAAACACUCCCCAUCAACAGCUGGUUCUUAUAUUUCAGACUCUUGCAUUUGAAAUGGUGUUUUGGAUUUGGUCUCCAUGACCAACUUGUGCACAACCCUGAAAUCAGAGACAUUUUAAAGGAGCCAUCAACGAAGUACUCGGAUAAAUAUGGCGGUAACGACGACCUCAUAUUGGGAAGCGAGAAUUUUGGCCUGAAUGCUCCGUCUGAUGUGGAUAGGUUUGCGAGAUCAGAGAAAAAGAGGGCCAAUGACCUCAAGAAAGCACGUCAGACGAAACUUACGGAAGAAUUGGAAGACCUUGGAAUCAAGGACUGA